AUGGAGCCAGGCCCCGCCAGGGAUUCCACUCAGAUGGAGGUGUCGACGUCAGCCCAAGACGGGCCUCGCGCGUCCGAGCAUCCAUCCAAUUCCACCAACAACUCGCCGUCGGCCGUCCAAUACUCAGACUCUCUCCUCCCUCUCUUCCUCCCUCUCCGUCGGUCCCCCGCGAAACGAAGCCACCCCCGAGCCCUUUCCCAGGUCUCCCGUCACCGUCAAUCGUCGCCAAUCCGUUGUUCGAGGAUGGCCGCUUUCGGUCGCCUCGGCAGGCACAGCAACCGGUCCCAGCACGCUCUCGAGCCGCAAUCGUCGUCGAGCGGAAGCGCUGGGAGGACGGGCGCGACAGUAACUGAGCAGCAGCAGCAGGUUCAGCAGCAACAUCAACGCCAGCAGAGCCAGAACAACCAGGUUCUGCUGGAAGAGGCCAACUCACCCGCCCACAACGCCAGCGCCAACGCCAGUGCGCACGCCCAUGCCCACCCGACAGCAACCCCCCAUUCAGCCUUGUCCUCGUCUCACAACACCGCCUUCAGCUCCAGCGAGUCGUUUGAUUCACGACAGCAGCCUCCACCUCACCACCUGCAACAGCAACAGCAGCUCUCGCAACAGCAGCAUUCGCAACAAAGCCUCCCCCUCCACCAGCACCUCCCGCCGCAACAAUCGCAGGCGCAAACGCAACAGCAACCCCCGCCGCUGUCGUCGUCCCCCUCGUCAGCCAGUGCCGCCCCUCCCCCGCCGCGCCUCUACAACUCUCCGUCAGCCGCCAGCAGCACCACGGCCGCGAUAAAUAACCCCCCUCUGUUGCAGCAGAGUCCGAAUCCCAACCAUCAGGGGGUCGGCACGUCUCCCAUCUUUGAUGGCAACCAGCCCCGUCGUGACUUUGUCGAUCAAGCUGCCCUAGGCCGUUCCCAGAGCAUUCGCUACAGCACACACCUCCCGCCGCAGCAAGCCUACAGCAUCGCCACCUCCUCGGUCGACGAUCUCAACAGCGCCGCAAGCUACGGCCGCAGCCACGGCCCCGGCCCCAUAUCGUCUCAGCCGCAGCAGGGCCAACCAACCCAGCAGCAAGCCCCCGAAAAGCGGUCGACCCGUAGUAGAUUUAAGGGUAUCUUCGGGUCCAGCCACAAGGGCGCCCACCCUGACCAGCAGCAGCAGCAACAGCAGCAGCAGCAGCAGCAGCAGCAGCAGCAGCAGACACAACAACAACAGCAGCAGCAGACACAACAACAACAGCAACAGCAGCAACAGCAGCAACAACAGCAGCAGCAGGGUAUCAGCAUCGGCCACAAUCACAAUCCUUCCUACGACAACACCGGUGGCCUUGCUCGCCGACCAUCCAAGAGAGUGAGCAAUCCACCGCCCUCCCUCAAGACCAGCUUCUCGCACCUCACCCACUCCUCCUCCGCAUCACAUUCUCAAUCCCAGUCCCAGUCCCAGUCCCAAUCCCAGUCCCACUCUCGCUCUCCAUCCCAAUCCCAAUCCCUCUCUCCCACACACAGUCAACCCCAACCAGCCACGGUCGCUGGCGCUGCGGCCCAGGCCCAGGUCCAGACCCCAUUCCAAGCCCAAGCCGCCCAAACCCAACCCCAACCCCAGAACCCCGGUCUCGAUUGGCAGCAGCCGCAAGCCCGCGACGCCCACGCUCACGCUCAGGCGGCCCCUUACCUCUCACAACCCUCUCCUCGCCAAGGUCUCGGCGACAUUGAUGAAUACUAUCCUGCACACGAAUCUAACUCCCACUCCCCGUCGCAGAACUCCCGUCUCUCCCUCCACAACACCAUCCGUCACGUCUCUGGCGCUGCCGACGUAGACCCUCAGCAACAGCAGCAGGCCCCCUACGACGCCGCAGCCUACCGUCAGCACCCAGCCCCGCCCCAGCAGGUCCAGCAGCCGCCGCCGCCGCAACCCCACGUCCAGGUGCAUCCGCAGGACCAACAGCCGCCACAGCCUCACAUCGACACGACCGAAUACGACCAACCACACUCGCCGCAGAACCCCUCGCAGCAGGCGUACGCUUUUGCCAAUCCGCAGCAGCUGCAACAACAGUCGCAGCAACCCAUCAACUAUCACCAGGAUCCAAGGAUCGCGGGCGCUUACCGAGGUCUCAGCUCCCACCAACAGAACCCCGAGACCGUCUCCCAGUUCUCGCAUGAGUCGCCCAUUACCGACUCGGAUCAACGUUCUGCCACCCUGCAGUCCGCACACACAUCUCCUGCCGUGAAUCACGCUGUCUACACGCAGAACGACGGCUCUACUCUGAGCCUACCACCCAUACAACAGACUACCCCACAGCCCCAGCAAUCGGGCAUGGCACCACCCGCCGGAGGUCCUCCGUCUUCCCGCCGCAACCCCGACACCGACAACAAGCCGCUCCGCAGCCAAGUCGACGUUCCUAGCGGCCCGCCCCCCGCUUAUCGUCACAGCAACGUGCCUUUGAACACGAUGAACCCCCUUCCUCCGGUCCCUGGAACGGCCGCUGGUCAGCCGCCCGUCUACCGCAGUGAUCGACCCUCGCAGUUUGAGGGUCAGCCAAUUGAUCAGGGCCGAGACAGCCCCCAGCCCUCGUCCGCUGUCCCUAGCGAUGUGGCCGAAGGUGACAAGGGGAUGAAGGACUUGCUGACCAAGUACAAGAAUGUGAAGCGACUCUACUUUGAUGGCAAGUCGCAGAUCGAAAUCCUUAGCGGCCAGGUCGAGCAGCUCCAGAAUGCUGUGGCCAACCAGCGUAUGUCGCAGUCGCGAACGGCACUCGAUGACAGUGAGUACUCGACUCGGUUCAACCGACUCAACGGUGCUAUCAACAACCUGUCGUUCAACAUUCGAAAGGACUGGCGUUGCGUGCCGCAGUGGCUGGACAAGUUCGUUAGUGUUGAUGCCCUGAAGACGGGUAAGCAGGAGAUGACGGCUGUGGGACGAGCUGUGAUAUCGCGAUGGUUAGUGGAGGAGGUGUUCAACAAAUGCUUCCACCCAGGCCUGGAACCUCAGCUGAGCCAAGAUCUCAAGGAGAUUGAGCUUAGCAUUCGACACAAUGCGUACACGAUGAGCAGUCAGGAGGAGUUGAACGCACUCACAAACAAGGUAGUCAGCUGGCGCAUGACGACACUUGAGGGCCUACACCGACAGCUCAACUCGCCAGCAAGCGCGGACAGCCGCACUUCGUUUACAAACAAGGCGACCACCAACCUCACGGCUUGCCUUUAUCAGUUCCUCAACAGCCCGCCACCAGCUGGUGUGGAGGGUAGCACGUCAAUGAUUGUGGAGUUGGCCGUAGGCAUCGCUGCUAACCUUCCCCUGGAGAGCCGAGAUGUCGCCAUUACCUACCCGCUACCGGGAGAGAUUGUGCACCCGCAUCUGAUGGAAGUGGAGAAGACACCUUUGCCGGUUCUUGAGGCUCAGAAGGAUGAUGACGAUGACGACUCGGACGAUGAAGGGGACAAGGACAAGAACGGACGGGGCGACAAGGCCAAGACUGGUAUGUUUAAAUCUGCAAUGACGCCCAGUGCAGUCGGGAGGGAGAUUAGCAAUGUAUCGACGAGUGGAAUGACGGAUACUGACGUGGACUCAAUUUCAGCGCUGCCCAAGGAUCCGAGCAGAGUACGAUUCGCUGGAUUCUUUGCGCUGGAGGUGCGGGGACGACAGGUGUUGAUGAAGGCACCGGUCUGGACUCUUUAG